AUGAUCUCAGUUCAAAUAAAUAUCUUUGAUUCAAUGGACAUGCGACAUGGUUCGGGAAGAGAGACUCUUUAUCUUCAGACCAAGGCGAUUCUUCAUUCUCUUCCGGAUCUUCUUUCACGUUAUGAAGAAGCAGUCAAAAUCCUUCCGAGGUCCCAGCAACUUCAGAACAAGUCCAUAUCUAAUUCAUCCCCACAUGAAUUGUACUCCGCCAGACUGGAUCUGAUGGAGCAUGAGAUAAAAGACAAUCUGGAUCGCUCCAAUCUGCCUCAGUUUUCUAAAUGCAAGAUAAUGCAAGCAACUGGGCUGUACGCGUCAUUCGGCAACUUGAAUACUGCAACAGCCAGAUAUUACAAUAGGUAUUGUAGUACUGUUGUCGUUACAAUCUACGACAUUACUAUGUACCAAACAAGUAGAUUUCGAGACUCAAUAAAUCUUGAAUCUACAUUCGAUUCAACUAUCAAUCUUUCAUAA